GAAGAAGAGUCCCGAGCAGGAAGUGUCUGUUUGUCAGACCCAUGUGUUUUCUUUAACUGUCUAUGGUUGCAAACAGCAACAGCUAGCUAGCUAACGCCGACAUCGCGCUAACGUUGUUUGGAAGAUUGCUGCUGUAGCCAUUCUAAAAGUGAAUUAUCUGAAUGAAAAGUGCAGUUGAUACUAACAUGGUCAAGGAAAACCGGUGGAACAUACCCCCCAAUGCUCCAGCAUGCAUGGAGAAGCAUCUAAGCUCCGCGCAAUACAGAGCAGAUGGUACCUGCUGCUCGGUGCCUCUAGCCUCAGUGGCAGGAGUUGGCAGGGAUCUGUUUGGAUCUACAGUGAUCCUAACCAGGCUCCCAAUGAGGAACUCUGCAAAGCUGGUGUGCAGACAGAGACUGGAGUCACAGAUGUAAAAUGGGUUUCCGAAAAGGGUGUUGUUGUUGCAUCAGACUCAGGUGCCCUGGAGCUCUGGGAACUGGCAGAGGAUGAACGUCUACUGGUGAAUCGCUUCACUAAACAUGAGCAUGACCACAUUGUCACCACAGUGAGCCCUGUUACUGGCGCAAAAGGGGCUGUCACUGGCAGCAUGGACUGUCGAGUUAAAGUCUGGGAUCUCAGUCAGGAGACUGCUGUUACUACCUACAAUGUGCACACACAGCCAGUCAGUUGUGUUGCUUGCAGCCCUACAGACGAGUCUCUCUUCAUCUCCUGUGGUCAAGAUGGUCGUGUGCUGAUGUGGGACAGGAGAAAGCCAAACAAACCAGCCUCAAGAAUAGAUGUAGAGCCCCCCUGCUGCUCCCCUACCACUGUAGCCUGGCACCCUCACCACAGAAGCACCAUUGCUUUUGGUGAUGAGCUGGGCAGAGUGGUCGUAAAAGAUUUCCUGGGAAAAGAGCCGGCACAGGUUGAGAACGUCCACAGCCGCAGAGUUAACGGGCUCGCCUUCUCUACACAUAGUGCUUCCUUGCUAGCCUCCAUAAGUGAUGAUUGUUCCCUAGCUGUUAUGAACUCUGAACUCCGAGAAAUACUUAGAGAUCGGCAACACCAGGAUUUUGUCAAAGGUGUGUGCUGGCUCCACAAUGGCUCCAACACUCUCACAACCGUAGGCUGGGAUCACCUUGUGCUUCACCACACGGUGAAUCCGGCUGCCGAAGCUCCCACCUCUUCCUCCUAGAUCCAACAGAUGCGCACACACCUUGAAUAGAACAUGUUUUAAGAAAACUACUUUCCCCCCUAUUUUUGAGGGGUUCCAUGUGUAUCUAAAAAGUUGCAUCGGUCAGUCAAAAAAUAUGGAUUAAUGUGUUUCGUUAUCAUUUAGUGCUCAGGAUAUGUGCCGAAUAGUUGGACUUUUGCUCUCCCAGUCUGGCCUUGGUGCAUUUCUACUUUACGAUUACGGUUCCCUCUUUCCACUUCCUUCAUACUGUGUAGCCUUGCCAUGUGAAAUUACACUUGAGGCAACCCAUGUAUUGCAAAAUUUUACAUUAAAUGUAACAUGUUGAACAUUA